UACCUGUCACUUCAACUUUGGAGCCCUGAUCGGGGGGUAUUCAAGCGCAGAGGACACUUCUCUUACGCUCCCAACUCUCCCCCUCUUCCCCCUCGUCUCAGUGCCCACGUACCCGUCGUACCCCAUCGCCAGAACAUGUCCGGCGACAUCGUCAUGUCUUCCGACGACGACGAGAAGCCUCUUGGGCUCAAGUCCGCCCCCCGCGGCCGGAACGGCCACGUCGUGUCUAACGGCAACGGACAAGCAGCGGACGAGUCGUCCAUGAGCGAGGACGACGAUAUGCCCCUCGUGUGUCAUUAAUUUUCUCUCUGUGCAACGCACCAUGUCUUACAUGGUAUCCGUGGCGCGCGUCUUACCAGUCCCAGGCCUCCCGCGUCAAGUCCGAGCCCAUGACUCCAGUGCGCGCCCUCAAGCGCAAGAAAGCUCAGUCUAACAACUCCUCUAGUGAUGAGGAAACCCCGCUCGCGUCUUCGCCAGCCAAGCGCGCUACCUCGGGCGCCGUGCGUAUGAAUGGCGCACUACAGGCAACUACGACUACGAAGGCAAAUGGCAAGCCAGCCGCGAUGGAGUCCUCGUCCUCGUCAGACGAUGAUGACCUUCCCAUCAUAACGAAGGGCAAGCGUACCACCAGCGGUAAUGGUGCCGCAAAGCCGCCGAAGAAGAAGGUGAAGAAGGAGGACGACUCUGACGACGACAAACCCAUCGUGCAGAAAGCGCCGCCUCGCAUGAAGCGCAAGAUGAAGAGGGAGGAGAGUGAUGCUGAUGAUGGGAGUUUCUCAGACGACGACAAACCGCUGAAGAAGGUGUCUGCGAAGAAGGCAGCGACGAAGAGAGUGAAGAAGGAGGCAGGCGAGUCCGAGGCACCGCCACCGAAAAGGAGGGGGAAGGUGAAGAAGGAAGAGGCGGUUGACGGUAGCCCGCUGAAAGGCAAGAGGAAGAAGAAGGAGGAAGAGGAAGAGGAGGUCUUCCGUUGGUGGGAGGAUCAGGAGUUCCACGGCGAAGACAACAGCAUGAAGUGGCAGACUCUACAACACAACGGUGUCUACUUCCCGCCACCCUAUGAGCCCUUGCCGUCGCAUGUGAAGAUGAAGUAUAAGGGCAAGCCAGUUGACCUCCCUCCGGAAUCGGAAGAGGUUGCGGGCUUCUAUGCAGCUCUCAUAGAAUCGGACCAUACCAAAGAUAGCACCUUUAACAGGAACUUCUUCAACGACUUCAAGGAUAUCUUGAAGAAGCAUCCGCCGCGUAAUGGAACGAAGAUCACUGAUCUCAGCCUCUGUGACUUCCGACCUAUGUUCGAAUACUUCGAAGGGGAGAAGGCGAAGAAGAAAGCACUGUCUUCUGCUGAGAAGAAGGAGUUGAAGGCAGCUAAGGACGCACUGGAGGCCCCCUUCACGCAUUGUACCAUAGACGGUAGGAAGGAGAAGGUCGGGAACUUCAAAGUGGAGCCGCCGGGCUUGUACCGCGGUCGUGGUGAGCACCCCAAGAAGGGCACGUUGAAGAAACGUGUACGGCCUCAGGACGUCACGAUCAACAUCGGCGAGGGUGUGCCCGUUCCCAGGCCGAAUGUCCCGGGUAACUGGAAGGACGUUCAGCACGACUAUACCGUGACCUGGCUGGCCACUUGGACGGAGAAUGUGAACGGCAACCACAAGUACGUGUUCCUAGCGCCCGGGAGCGCCCUUAAGGGUCAGAGUGAUAUGGCCAAGUUCGAGAAGGCGCGAGAGCUGAAGAACCACGUCGACCGUGUCCGCCAAGACUACUACAACGAACUGCGGAGUAGAGUUAUGGCUGACCGUCAGCGCGCCACGGCGAUGUACUUCAUCGACCGACUGGCCCUUCGUGCGGGUAACGAGAAGGGCGAAGAAGAGGCGGAUACCGUCGGCUGUUGUUCGCUCCGCUGCGAACAUGUUACGCUGCAGCCUCCCGACCAGCUCGUAUUCGACUUCCUUGGUAAAGACUCGAUCCGCUACUACAAUCAAGUUACCGUCGACGCCCAGGUCUUCAAAAACAUCAAGAUCUUCAAGGACGAUAAGGAUGACGGAGAUCAGCUUUUUGAUCGCGUCGACACGGCGAAGCUCAACAAACAUCUGCAAUCUUACAUGAAGGGUCUCACCGCCAAGGUCUUCCGUACCUACAACGCCUCCAUCACGUUCCAGCAGCAGUUGGAUGAGAGCACACCGGAGAAAGGGACUGUCCAGGAGAAGCUGAAUGCAUACAACCACGCGAAUCGCAUGGUCGCCAUCCUUUGCAACCAUCAGCGUGCCGUGCCCAAGUCUCACGAGCAGUCUAUGGGCAAGAUGCGGGAUAAGUUGCGUGCUCUCAAGUACGAGCGGAUGAAGCUUCGCCACGCCCUCUUCAACAUCGAUCCCAAGUACAAGAAGAAGAAACAGUACGCCGAGGACGAAUCUGACCUUGACGACGAUGUUAUUGCCGAGCACGAGGAGCACCUGAAGGAGAAGGAUCUGGAGAAGGUGGAGAAGAAGUUCGUGAAGGACAACGAGAAGCUGGCCGAGGAAGGGAAGGAGCCCCUCGCCGACUCCGUGCUGAAGCAGCGACGCAAGGACGUCGAGGAGGAGUACAAGCGGCUCGCGAAGGAGCGUGGGACGAACAAGGCAACGCUGAAGAGGGAGAGGCCGACGGAGAAGAUAGAGGAGGCCAUAGCGAAGCUAGAUGACAGGAUGAAAACGUUCAAGCUUCAGAUGGAGGACCGCGAGGCUGGCAAGGAAGUCGCUCUCAGCACGAGUAAGAUCAACUAUUUGGACCCGAGAAUCACCGCUGCCUGGUGUAAGACACACAACGUUCCUAUAGAGAAGAUCUUCUCGAAGACGCUUUUGACUAAGUUCCCCUGGGCUAUGGAGGUCGAUACGGAGUGGAAGUUCUGAGCAUCAUUAUCGCAACUCGCAUCACACAUCGCAUUGUCUGUCAACACAUCCCGGCAUGAAGUGGUAUUCUUAUGGGCUUGCCGAUGGAUCCACGGAAUCUCUGGCCCUAGUAAGUCGCUGAGACUUGACCAAGUGGCCCGAGUUAUUCCCUUCCCCCUCACAUCCGCUUAUUACCUAGUGGACAACAAUCUGCAUUACAUACUGCAUACCUCGCAUUGAACACUGUAUCCGCUAUCCUUGAUAUGUAAUUAUUGUCUACGCCGUGAUAGCUAGGACGUCUGUUGCUAUAGAAUGAGAUGUAUUUCUUGUCUUGUAGAA